AUGGAACGCCUCUUCUCCGACGGCGAAGACGACCUCUUCACAGCAGACACCCUCACAACGUGGUACGUCCAUGUGCCGCUCUCCUCCGGCUACGCCCACGACAAGGUUAUCCUUUUCGACGCCAUCUGCAGCGCCAUCCAAGCCGGCCGCUGCGAGAUAUACUCCUCGCAUAACUUAGAGAAUACUAUUUCCGGGUUUAUCAUUGAGGUCCAGGCACGAUACUCCGACCCGGGAGCAAUUCGGCGUACGGCGUACCGUAUUGCUCAACGGCAGCUGGAGUUUCAUAGAAUGGAGAUGCAUAGUAGGACGCAGACGAGGCUGGCGGAGAAGUGCCUGGCUAGUUUGAGUUUGGAGGAUGCAGGAGGGAAUCCUCAUUUUCCUAUCAACCCUCUAGAAACCCAUCCAAAACGCAACCCUACCCAAACGAACGAGCCAACAAGCAAAAUGGGCCUUCUCGAACUCAUCCAAUACCUCCGAGGCGAAGAGCCCACGGGAUACACCUGGUACGUCCACUUCCCCCUGUACGGCGGCCCACUAACGCAAAGCGAAAUCCUCCACACGGCAAUCCAGGAGCUCCGUGACAAAAAGACGACUCUGUGGUCGUCUCAGCGCGAGGCGCCCAACGAGGGGAUACUGAUGAAAGUAAUUGUGGCUGAUAACAGGGUUGAGGAGGUGCUCAAGGCCGCUGGGACGGUCCUCGAGCGGCGGCUGCAGGACGCGAAGGUGUCGCUUGAGCGGAUUCUCCAGAAGGAUAAUGAUAGGAGGGCGGAUAAUUAUGUUACCAAGUUGACGAACGAUUUGGCUGCGUUGUCUCGGGAUGGGUGA